ACUUCAAAUAUUAAGGCGUUACUAAAUAGUAACAAUGUCCAUUUUUUCGACCAUGAUCGCAACCGCCACCGCGGUCGCCACCUUCCUCCUCCUCCUUACUCUCACUUCCGCCAAUCGUCCAAAUCGGCACUUCAACAAGAUUUACGCCUUCGGAGCCUCUUACGUCGACACAGGAAACACGAAUGCCACCACCGCGCCUAGCAUCUUCCGUUACGCCUCUAACCUCCCUUACGGCCGCACUUUCUUCCACCGCCCAACCAACCGAUACUCUGAUGGCCGUUUAGUAAUCGAUUUCGUGGCGGAAUCACUGUCACUACCUUACCUGCCACCCUACCUUAACCCUGAGGCCGACACUUGCUCGGGUAUUAAUUACGCGGUCGCAGGAUCCACCGCGAUCGAACAUGAAUUCUUUGUCGAAAAUAACCUUCCCUUAGCUAUAACACCUCAGUCGCUACAAACUCAGCUAAGUUGGUUCAAUAAGACAUUGGAGGGGCUAAAUUGUAAAAGUGCAAUAUCGACGUCGCGGGAGUGUAGGGCCGUGUUCCGCGAUUCGUUGGUCUGGUUGGGUCAGAUGGGAUCAAAUGACUAUACUUACACCCUUCGAUCAAAUGUGAGCGCGGAAACAAUUCAACGCCUCGCCAAUGAUCGUGUUACAAGGUUUCUAGAGGCAGUACUUAACAAAGGUGCAAAAUACAUUGUAGUAGAAGGCCUCCCUGCCAGUGGUUGCUUAGCCAUAUCAUUGUUCCUUUCACCGGCGUCCGAUCGUGAUGACUUGGGUUGCGCAGCCUCGGUCAACAACCAAAGAUUCAUCCACAACACCAUUCUCCAAGCCAACAUUCAAAACCUAAGAAGAAGAUACCCGAAAGCUGUCAUCGUGUAUGUUGAUUAUUGGAAUGCUUAUAGUUCCAUAAUCAUGAACGGACCAAGGCUUGGGUUCCAAGAGCUUUACAAAGUAUGUUGUGGGGCUGGUGGUGGACUCUACAACUUCAACUUGGCGGCCAUUUGUGGGUCCCAAUCCGCGAGCUCGUGUCAAGACCCUUCUCAGUAUGUCAAUUGGGAUGGACUUCACCUUACUGAAGCUAUGCAUAAAGUACUUUCUGAUAUGUUUCUUGAAGGUCCUUUCACUUAUCCGCCGUUGAAGUACUUGUUGAGUCGCAAAAACGACUCAAACUAGAUGAUAAUAUGUGCCUUUUUGUGAUAUCUUAUCACUUAUGGCAUUUAGAAUCUGUCAACAAUAGCAUCAAUCUAUUUACCCAUAUAUAUAGGUUGAUUCAAGUUGUAUUUACUUUUAAGUUUUAACAUAUCAAAUCUAUCUACUAUAUAAAAGAAACCUUCUGUGGA